AGGCAAAAAAAGUUAUCGGAAUUUGCAUCUUUUUUGAAACCGUCUGUUGGUCCGGCGUUUGCGACGGACGUGUUCACGGCGGUGACUUCCAUGGACGGCGAAAACCUCGGCAAUCAUCAGCCCAACUUUGAAGGUGGUUCUGGAGACCGUUUAUCAGCCGAAUCUUUGCCGUUAAUCGAUACGCGCCUCCUGUCCCAGUCAGAACUUCGCGCUCUCUCUCCGUCUUCUUCUUCUUCGGCGUCCCUCGCUGCUUCCGCCGGUGUAGACGACGAUUUGACGCCAAAGAUUGAUCGCUCCGUCUUCAAUGAGUCCGCUGGCAGUCGGAAACAGACGUUUCUCCGCGUCCGCCUUGCGCGCGAUCCUCCACCACCGAGACCUCCGUCGCCGCAACGCCGAAGAGACGAUUCCUCCCGUGAAGAGAAAUCGCAAGUCGCAUCGCUUCUCAGAUCUCUGUUCUCUGUCGAUUCGUUUCAGAGGAAUGCGGAAGAAGACGAAGGAGAGGAAGAGGUCGAAGAAAAGGAAGGUCAGCCGCUGAUUUCUUUACCGAUCCAUAAUAAUGGAAAUGUGUACCGGAAUCCGUAUUUUGAUUCGGUUAAGAACGUUCAGGGAAUAUCCGAGAAUGAAACGAGGAGGAGGCCAGGGCGGCCGAGAAAGAUUCGGAACCCUAGCGAUGGGGUUUUGGAUUCGUAUGCGGAUGAAUCGGAGAGGGAAGGAACUCUGUCUGUAGAUAAAACUCGUAGCAAUUUAGGAACAGAGAGUGGAUAUGAUGCUUCAGGAAUCUCCAUGGACUCAAAUCCAGGCAAGAGAAAGAGAGGCCGUCCAAGAAAGAGUGGAGAUGGCUGCAAAAGCGAAGAUAAGGAAGAGAUUGUGAGCUUGGAGAACAGAGAAGGUACAAUGGUGGAUCUCUCUGCCUUGGCUAAUAAUGAAGAGGAUCCAUAUGGAGAGGAGCUGAGGAGGAUCACGGUAGGGUUGGGGACAAAGGAAGAGUUGUUAGCUUUCUUGGAACAGGUGAAUGGUGAAUGGGUGAAUGCUGGGAAGAAGAAGAAAGUUGUGAAAGCUUGUGAUUACGGAGGAUACUUGCCCAGAGGAUGGAAACUUAUGCUCUGCAUCAAAAAGAAAGGGAGCAUUCAGUGGCUGGCUUGUCGCAGAUACAUAAGUCCUGAUGGGCAGGAGUUUGCAACCUGCAAGGAAGUCUCCACGUAUCUGCAGUCUCUUGUUGAAUCCCAAAGCAAGAACCGGCUCAAUUCCUUUCAAUCUGACAACCACACUCUAGGAGAACCAGUGAUGGGUAACGAAUCUUUAGUAGGUAACUCUGAUUCCAUGGACUUGCCUGUUUCGAACCCUGAAACGAACCAGAACCGUGGAAGUGAGAGAACCAGCAGCGAGGUGCUUGGUGAAGCAAAAGGCGGAGAAAAUGGCGAUAUAAUAGAUCCUGUGAAAACCAGUUUGGUGGAGGAAGAUGGUAAAAUGAUCCCUAGAGCAGAAUUUCUUAAUGGAGACAACGAAGACGAUAUGAAGAAAAGAGAUGAUAACAUGGAGAAUUUGGCGGCUUUAUUGAACUAAUUGUUUUCUCAUUGCAGUUCAGAUUUUGCGUUUCAUGCAACCAAAGCAUGUUUUAGCUGACACAGGAGUAUAGAAUUUGAAAGGUACAUUUGUACAAAACAAUUGACAGAAACCAAGUUGAAACAAAUAU